CCGUGGGGGAGAGAGAUGAGGCUCAACUCGUAAUACAGCAUGGGCAAGUGGAAAUUGAUAGCCCAGGAGCAGUGUAGGGGUCAGUGAAUGGAAAAUUACUAAGAACAAACAACAGGUUGUUUUGGCUAAACCCACCUAACAGGAUUCUUGCUGAAAACAGCCCAGGGUGAUCAGACUUCACUCGGGGGUGGUGGAGGAUAGGGAACCUAAAUACAUAUUGAAGAUGACCAGAUAUUGAGGGGUGUAUGGGGGAGAGUGUUUUGGUCAAACUGACUUAGCAGGGUUCUUGCUAAAACUGGAUUUUACAAGAAAAUGCAGAGAUGAACCUAGGAGGUUUAGCAGCAUGGCUGAUGUUUGGUCAAGCAGAGAAUCUUUGUCACUACCUCAAGUAUAUCCAGUCACAUUUCUCCUAAGAGCUUUCCAGGGCUUUCUGUCCCCAGCACCCCGGCUAGAGGAGUCUAGUUAACGGUCUACAGGCAAUUCUGCAGAGCCUGAAGGCCUAGAGGUGGUACAAGGCUCGGGCCUGCAAAGUCUUACACUUGAUGAUUUCCCCUGUAAGGCAGACAUCAGAACCGACUGCCGCUGGAGAGGACUGAGCACUCCCCCGCAGCCAGGCUCCUUCCAGGCUCCAUCCUCGUGUCCACCCCCAACAUGCAAGGGAGAGUCCUGGGCCGCGAGGGGUUGCCCCUUUGCGGUCGGAAGCGCACAGCCCACGCACUUGCACUGCACCGUGAGUCACCCCAGAGCACCCGAGAAACGCGAGCCGAGCUAUGCGGGUUGUUUAUGGGAACAGGGAGGGGCGUGAAGGGGUGUGCAGAGACGCGGACAGCGCCGGGCUCGAUCGGAGGCCUCCUUCGCCCCACCUGGCCGGCUGAAAGACUACCCAGAAAGGGCGUGGAAAGGAGUGGGAGCAAAGGGGAAGCGGGUCACGAGUCAAAGCGGCCGAAGUGGGGAGGAUGCCACCGGCCGGGCUCCGGUUGGACUGGGUUGAGAGGAGUCUCGGAGGCUUCCGGAGCGGCGGGCCGAGGUGCCGCGCCCCCUGCAGCUGCGAAGACCUGGCACCCCCGCCCCGCUGACGCUGCCCCAGAGCCGCAGCUGGUCUUUUUUGGGCUAAGUAACCAGAUGGUUGUAGCUUUCAAGGAAGAGAACACUAUAGCAUUCAAACACCUCUUCUUGAAAGGAUAUAUGGACCGAAUGGAUGACACGUAUGCAGUGUACACACAAAGUGAUGUAUACGAUCAGAUCACCUUUGCAGUGAACCAGUACUUGCAGCUCCGCAACACGUCGGUUGGGAAUCAUGCUUACGAGAACAAGGGCAUGGAGCAGUCUGCUCUGACCAUCUGUCAGCACUUCUACAGGCAAGGAAACAUCUGUCCUGGAAAUGAUACCUUUGACAUUGAUCCAGAAAUUGAAACUGAAUGUUUCUUUGUAGAGCCAGAUGAACCUUUUCACAUCGGAACACUGGAAGAAAAUAAACUGAACUUAACACUGGACUUUCAUAGACUCCUAACUGUGGAGCUGCAGUUUAAACUGAAGGCCAUUAAUCUGCAGACCAUUCGUCAUCACGAGCUCCCUGACUGUUACGACUUUACUCUGACUAUAACACUUGACAAUAAGGCCCAUAGUGGAAGAAUUAAGAUAAGUUUAGAUAAUGACAUUUCCAUCAGAGAAUGUAAAGACUGGCAUGUAUCCGGAUCAAUUCAGAAGAACACUCACUACAUGAUGAUCUUUGAUGCCUUUGUUAUUCUGAUAAGCUUGACCUCACUAAUCCUGUGCCUUCGAUCUGUGAUUAGAGGACUUCAGCUUCAGCAGGAAUUUGUCGGUUUUUUCCUCCUCCAUUAUAAGAAGGAAGUUUCUGUUUCUGAUCGAAUGGAAUUCGUCAACGGAUGGUACAUUAUGAUUAUUAUUAGUGACGUAUUGACAGUUAUUGGAUCAAUUCUGAAAAUGGAAAUUCAAGCGAAGAGUCUAACAAGUUAUGAUGUCUGUAGCAUACUUCUUGGGACUUCCACCAUGCUUGUGUGGCUUGGAGUCAUUCGGUACCUCGGCUUCUUUCAGAAAUACAAUCUCCUUAUUCUGACCCUGCAGGCAGCGCUGCCCAAUGUCAUCAGGUUCUGUUGCUGUGCUGCUAUGAUUUACUUAGGCUAUUGCUUCUGUGGAUGGAUCGUGCUGGGCCCGUACCAUGAUAAGUUCCGUUCUCUGAACGUGGUCUCUGAGUGCCUUUUCUCUCUGAUAAAUGGAGAUGAUAUGUUCGCCACGUUUGCAAAAAUGCAACGAAAAAGUUACUUGGUCUGGCUGUUUAGCAGAAUUUACCUCUACUCAUUCAUCAGCCUCUUUAUAUAUAUGAUUUUAAGUCUUUUCAUUGCACUGAUCACUGAUACAUAUGAAACAAUUAAGCAUUACCAACAAGAUGGCUUUCCAGAGACUGAACUUCGUACAUUUAUAUCAGAAUGCAAAGAUCUACCCAAUUCUGGAAAAUACAGAUUAAAAGACGACACACCAGUAUCUAUAUUCUGCUGUUGUAAAAAGUAGCUAUCAGGCUAAUCUGUGCCCUGGAGGGAAAUAUAAUGUGUAGCUGAGUUGGGAAACUAUAUGGAUAUUUUAAGAUCAGGUGUCGUAUGUUUAAAGACUAUUUCUUUGAGCAAACUGAUAGCUAUAAUUCAUCAAGAACUAUUUAUAUUUUUAAAAGCAGUAUUUAAUAUCUUUUGCAGCUUUAUGUUGGGUUUAUUUUAAACUAACUUUGAUGAGAGAAGCUAUUGAAUUCUUGUUAUUUCUUGUUUAUUUUGCCAUAGCUUUAGAAUGUGUUCUCCAUCCCCCUCUUUAGCUCUUAGCUUCCAGCUCUUCUGACUGGGCUGAUUGUAUCAUCAGUGGAGAAUAACGCCUGGUCUGACUUAACACAACUCACUAACCCUGGUCUUAACCACUCUCUGGGGUACAUCCCUGAGAGAGAGGGUUUGUGGUUGCUGUAUAUCAAUAAUCACUGCAUUUUAAAAUCUUCUCUUAAAGCGCAGAAUAAGAAAGACAACUCUCACCAGCUAACAGUCUCAAUUUUCAUUCCGAAGGACAACUGUUAUAUGAUGCUGCUUUUAGUUCUGGAAAGAAUCAGGUUUUUUUUAUUAUUCAUGUAUAAGUUUUCUCUCCUUCAGUGUUAAAGUACGUAGUUGAAAGUAUCCUAUACAUAUAUAGAAAUUAAAGUGCGUACCAAAUGCAUAUUCAGUCCUGCAAGGAUUGGUGUAGUGCUUGCAUGGCCUUGCGCAAACUGUGUGAUGUACUCUGCCCUUCACAGGCCAUUCAGUCUCAUGGAAGAGAGUGUUUUAGGGUCAAGAACUGUGGUUUCAGGUUUCAGGGGGAGAGGUUCUAAAACUCACAUUAAACAUAUUUUGAAAAACAAUUAUGCUUAAAACGUAAAAAUAAGUGAGAAAUGUAUGCCUUAAAUAGACACAGAAACAAAGUCUCCACUCCUUGGAUACUGCUGAUUGGAAUUUCAGGGAUUUUUACAACAUGUAUCUUUGUUUUGAGUGUUAUUUAUUCAAGUAGAAAUGAAUUCAAUGAUGUGCAAUAAAGGUUUUCUC